GGGGAAGAAAGCAUUGCAUUUUCCUGAAUAAGAAACUAUGAACAAAAUAGCAUUUUCCCAGCUUUGGGAUUCAGAAAGGAAUAUUUCCAUUUUUGCAUUCACAUUUAAGUAAUUUUUUUGAGAUAAUAUUUCUCGGAAAGAAAAAUCCUAACGUUGUAAAAAGGAUAGUCUGCGUGAAGAAGUUAGCUAGCCAUCAUCAUCAGAUGAUGGUCGCAGCAUUAGUAAACAUGAAAGAACUGCUACCGAAAGUAGUUUGAGAGGGAAAGGAAUAACGUCAUUUUAGACAGUUUUCUCACCAAAAUUAAUUACCUAAUUUGGACGAGGUAUUAAGUUUGAACCAUGAAUAAACAACACGCUCGAAGUUUACUGGAGUUGGGACACAGGGAUGAAGAUAAUUUGGAUUUAGCAGCCGACACUCCUGGAGUUUUACAACACCGUGAACAUCACCAGUCAUCUUCAUCGAUGUCCAGUACUCCUUAUAAUGCUGCUUUUUCAACUCCUAACCAAAGUUCUUCUCACGGAAGGGAUUCGGGAUUAAUGGUUGAUAUUACACCCCCAAGAAGUCCGAAAAUCGGACACAAAAACCAGGACCGGCGCCAUUCCCCGAAACCUCUUCACAGACAUAAAGAAUUAAAAUUUGAGAGAAAUUUGACAGCUAUGUCUAACAGGUUGAGUGACCGUAUAGAAGCCUCUCUUCUCAUUAGUUCUGUGUGUGAACCAUUACUGAUAGUGACACCGCCCACACCAUGUAUCCCUAGGAAGCGUUCUUCAGAAUCCCUAAGGACUGCAAGUCUGGAGUCUCUGAUUAUGUCCAGUUGUGGAAUGACCAAAGAAACUUUAAAAGAUGAAUGUUCCACUGAUGACAGCAGAGAUGAAAGGACUUCCAAUGUCCCUUGGGUUACACGUAGCCCAUGUAUACAAGAAGCUGAUGAGACCAAAAAUAAUUCUUCAUCUGUGUCAUUUGUUGACACAUUAUAUUUAGAUAAUGAUAUCCCAGUCCAUAAAGAUGAAGGGGACACUAUCGAUGUUGGUACAUGGAGUGACUCCUCAUCACGUGCGAAUGACAGUAUGCAAGAGCGGAAAUCAACUGGAACUAGCUGUGAGAAAUCUUCUGAGUCUGAACGAACAGAUAUUCUUAAGGGCAGUACACAUGAAAGGGCAUUUGAAAAGUCACUUGAUAAUGUGAUGGAUAAAAUCUCUGAUCGAUCAUUUGAUCUCAGCAUGCACUUUGAUAAGAACUCUUUCAGUGAUACUGGCAGGGAUGAUGAAUCCAGAAGUUUGAAACAGACCAAAGCUGAAAAGAAAAGGAAAUCUUCAUCAUGGUAUUCAGUUUUAAGUCCUACCUAUAAAUCACGCAGUGAGGAUUACAAGAAAAUUUUCAAAGAAAUACCAAAUGAUGAACGGUUAAUUGUAGAUUAUUCUUGUGCGCUUCAAAAAGACAUACUUGUGCAUGGUCGCAUGUUCAUUUCUCAGAACUGGGUCUGCUUCUAUGCAAACAUAUUUAGAUGGGAGACUGUGUUAACUAUUCCAUGCAAGGAAAUAUGUGCUAUUACCAAAGAGAAAACUGCCCGAGUGAUACCAAAUGCUAUACAAAUAGCUACAGAAAAAGACAAAUAUUUUUUCACCUCUUUUGGGACUCGAGACAAAACUUUUAUGAUGUUGUUCAGGAUUUGGCAAAAUGCCCUGAUGGAUCAGCCAAUGACACCGCAAGAGCAAUGGCAUUGGGUUCACAUCAGCUACGGAGAAGAACUUGGAUUAACUUCUAGUGAUGAUGAUUAUGUUCCUCCUCCUGGUCUUGAUUAUUUGAGAGACCGACAUAUUACCAAAGAAGAUGGCAGUAUAGCUGGAAAGGACUGUCCAACUGAUUCCUCCGAUCAGCAUGUGGUUCAAACAGAAUCCAUUACAAAUGCUGAUGAUACUGAUCUCGUUGCUACUGAUGAUGCCUUUGAGCCUUCCCAGGAUCCCAUUGUUAAUGGGGAUGAGCCAUUAACAGACUUUGGAGAUACCACAGAAGAGAGUGAUGACGGUGAAGGUCUACCAUCUUGUCGUAACCCUGUUAAAUGCCCUUCAGAGGAAACAGGAGAAAUUAUCUGUACUGGACACGAACAUUUUUCUAAGACUUACAUGAAUGAAGUCUUCAGUAUUCCAGUGGACAAAAUGUUUGAAUAUCUCUUCACAGAUUCUCCAUUUUUCAGGCAUUUUGCUGAAGUCAGGAAAACUUAUGAACUAGUCCUUCCUCCUUGGCAAGAAGAACCUGAUGCUGAUGGAAAUCGGCAGCGUACAAUAACAUAUACUCUGACACUGGGAGCAUCUCUGGGGCCAAAGAACUCAACAGCUACUGAGAAUCAGGUGUGUUACAAACAGAGUCAACCUGGAAUGUUAUAUGUCAUCGACACUUCUACCACAAUGGCUUCUGUACCUUACACUGAAUCAUUUUAUGUUGAGCACCGGUAUUGCAUCACUAGAGCGUCUUAUACCAAAUGUAGACUCAAAGUAACAAGUGAUGUACGUUAUAGAAAAACAUUGUGGGGCAUUGUAAAAAAUAUAAUUGAGAAAAAUGCUGCUCAUGGUUGUUCAGAAUAUUUUCAUUCAUUAGCUUGUGAAUUGCAAGCAGAAUCUGAAAAAUUGGAACAGAACCAUUCAGGUAGUCAUUCUGUAACAAAGAAAAAAGUACGCAAACGUCGUCGGCAAAUAGGUAGUACAUCUGAAACUCCAGUACAACGACCAGGUACCGAUUCUAAGUCAAAGGCAAAAUCAGUCACUCCUUCCUCACCUACAAAAAGUCAGUUAUCAAAAGAUGAAAAGAUUAUUAAACUCAAUGCUGACACAAUGAUCAGAAUAGUUUGUUUUGUAUUGGUAUUGCUUGUGAUGUUUAAUGCAGUAUUGUUUUAUAAACUAUGGUCUUUAGAAAGUUAUGCCAACACAAUAUAUUUACCAUACUUAAAGAAUGGUCUUCAAAAUAAAGAUAAUUACCCACAGAAUCAGGAAGAGUGGGCUGAGCUGUUAAAACAACAACAAGUAUUACAUGAAAGUGAACUAGAACGAUGGAGAGAAAUUCUAUCAGCGGCUGUUAUAUUAGUAGAUCAAGUUAAAUUAUCAUUAUCACAACUGCAGGAAACAUUACAACAUCGGCACCAGAGUAGAUGAUGACAAGGACGACUAGGGGGUGGGGAGGAGAUACUGCUUUCUGCAUUGCCGUUGACCAUUUCUCAACUCAUACAUCACAUCAGGUCUAAGUAAGACUCUGCUGGACAUCCACUCAUGAAUUUCACUGAAACAACCAAAGGAAUAUCUUAUGUGCUUGUUUCUUCACUCCUUCCUCUCUCCUGCUUCUGACAUCCAGCCCCUCUUUUAUUUUAAGUUGAGGAGAAUUACAAAACAAAAUCAUAAAUUCUGUUUUUUUUUUUUUUUUUUUUUUAAUUCUUUACAUCUCCUUCCUUGGUCUUGAAAUUAUUUGCUGAAAACAGUUACUUCUGACCUGACUUGAAGAAUAUAUAUAUAUAUAAAACUUACUGUGACCAGGACUUAGACACAACUUGGCGUGCAAUCCUAAGUGAAGAAUCACUCUUUAUCUUUGAAAUUAGACUUACGGUAAAAAGGGUUUUGGGGUUUCUAGGGACAACAAGCAACUACCAUCAAUCUUGGAUUUAAACAUUUAUAGCAGACUUGCUUUUCCAAAUUUAAACUAAAAUGAAGAAGAAAACUUUCAAAACGAAGGAAAAUAUGUUAUUUUAGUUUAUUAUUAAAAUCCUAAUUAUUUAUUGAAAAAUUAUAAACCAGAAUCAAAAUAUUAAAUUUUUAUUUCAUAUACUUAUAUGUAUGCAUAUAUAAUUUGGAAAUGUCAGUCAGCCUUUCUCUCUCACAUUUCCCUCUCUCUCUCUCUCUCUCUCAAUAUUCUACCUCCAUAUCAUUCUUACUGUUUCAUCAUUCACAUUUUUUAAGCUUAAUUUAGUGAACAAUUUUUUAACAUUAUUAUUAAUAAUUCUGCUACUAAUAAUAAUAAUAACAACAGUAAUAAUAUACUAGUUUUUCUAAUUAGUGUAGCAGACCUUCUCAAAAAGAAACGAAACAAGAUUAGUCAAUAAUGUAACUUUCAGACCACCCAUACAUAUCUACACAACUCUAACCUGCCUGCCACUCCAGACUUUGAUUUCUUGUUAUCUCUCAAAGUAGUUUCCAUUAAAUGAAAAGAAAUUUUUCAUGAUGUUCAAGUGAGAUAUAUGCAUGGUAGUUUUAAAUCUAUAUUGAUAAGAGUUAUAUUUUGUUUGUCUUAAAAACAAUGUCAUUUCUCAACAAAUCUCUUCCAAAUUUGCACACGAAAACAAAGUCACUCCAGAAUAAUACACAAAGAAAAAAAAAUCAUGGGUUCAUGGUUAUCUUUGGUUAAAACAGAGAUGAUUCAAGAAAAGGGCUGCUGAAAUACUGAUAGUUGUAAUGGAGUUGGUAAUAGAGUAAGAAUGUCAGUGUGAGGUAGAGAAAUGUCAAUAUAUAAUGAUGAACUCUGUGUUUCUUUCUCCUUCAGUUUCUCUUAUGUUUUUUCCUCUAUGUUUGUCAUCCACACAUACACAGACACACACUUUUUCACUGCUCUCCUUUACACAGCAAUACAUAGUAUAUAUUGGAACUCUAUAGUUAUUAAAACUGAUCAUUUAAAACUUGUAUCUUUUAAAAGGUUAGUAUGAGAUUUCAGAUGCCAAGGAAAGUAGAGACUUGUAUGUCCUUUAAUUGUCUCACAUUCAAAUUUCUGUAUAGUUAUAAAAUAUUCAAGGUUUAAGUUCUAUGAAUAGGAUUAUUAAACUUUGUUUCUCUCUCUCUCUCCCUCCUCCACACAUACACACACAUGCAUCUUGUGUCUUGGGAGGGUCAUUGUGCCAACAAUAAUGACACAUGCACUGGUUCAAUAUCACUUCUUUUUUUGCUAGUCUGUUGGUUAAAUAUCUAAACAACCAACCAACUAAUUGGUUAUUUACAAACACUAUAUAUAUAUAGUGCUCCCAGUUAUGGUCGCCACAUAGUGCGAAACUAACUGUGAAGCUUGAAGCAGUCCAACACCACUACACUAAAAAGAUUGAAACAGUGCAGUGGAUGAGUUACAGGGAUAGGCUGAGAAAACUGCAGCUUUACUCCCUGGAGCAAAGGCAUGAGAGAUAUGCUCUAAUUCGCAUAUGGAAAAAUUCUAGAAGGGCUAGUAUCUGAUUUCAGCAUUGUGUGUUAUACUAAUGCCAGAACUGGCCACUAUUGUAUUGUACCAAAGGUACCUUCCACUCCAUCUAAAUUCAGGACCAGGUACUGCAAUAGUUUCAGGGUCAGAGGCACACAGCUCUUCAAUGCUCUGCCACAUAAAUUAAGAAAUCUGCAUAAGGUAGAAGUAGAUGUCCUCAAAAAGGAACUAGACAUCCUCCUCUCCACAAUACCGGAUGAACCAACAGACGGACAUGAGGUACAGAUGAAGGCAGCGGAAUCAGAUUCCCUUAUACACCAAAUAGGUCAACAGCUGGGACGAAGGCACAUACAGGAGUGGUGAUGUGAGACACCCAGACUGAGGAAAUCAAGAAAACCAUGGUGGUACUCCAGCAUGACCGCAGCCACAUGGCUGAAACAGGAGUGGCUGUGUGGUAAGUAGCUUGCUUACCAACCACAUGGUUCCGGGUUCAAACCCACUGCGUGGCACCUUGGGCAUGUGUCUUCUAUUAUAGCUUCGGGCUGACUAAAGCCUUGUGAGUGGAUUUGGUAGAUGGAAACUGAAAGAAGCCCAUCGUAUAUAUGUAUAUAUAUAUAUAUAUAUAUAUAUAUAUAUAUAUAUAUAUAUAUGUAUAUGUGUUUGUGUGUCUGUGUUUGUCCCCCCACCAUCGCUUGACAACCGAUGCUGGUGUGUUUACAUCCCCGUAACUUAGCGGUUCGGCAAAAAGAGGCCGAUAGAAUAAGUACUAGGCUUACAAAGAAUAAGUCCUGGGGUUGAUUUUCUCGACUAAAGGUGGUGCUCCAGCAUGGCCGCAGUCAAAGGACUGAAACAAGUAAAAGAGUAAGAGUAUAUUAUUGUUUUAUUUGUUUCAGUCAUUUGACUGCGGCCAUGCUGGAGCACUACCUUCAGUUGAGCAAAUUGACCCCAGGAUUUAUUCUUUGUAAGCCUAGUACUUAUUCUAUCAGUUGCUUUUGCUGAAUCGCUAAGUUAUGGGGACGUAAACACAACAGCAUCGGUUGUCAUGCGAUGUUGGUGGGAGCUAAACACAGACACACAAACAUAUACAUACAUACAUACACACAGACAUGCAGGAAGUAAAUAGAUACCUUUAAUAUUCAAAAUCUUUUAUUUGAUAUAAAUUGGUUGAAGGAAAGGUUUCCUUCUAGCUGCCCGUCCAUAAUACCCAAGUUUAUGCAGAUAUGUAACACCCGUUCUUGGACUAACUUCUAGCUGUUUUGCAAUGCCAGAAGCCUUUGAACGGGGUUCAUUUUCCACAAUUCUCUUCAAACAGCAAAGAUUCCUUUCCAAGGGCCUAGGUCGGCUGGGACAUGAAUCUGUUGAUUCUUUUCCUUGGUUUUUGAAUUGCACUAUAAUUCUAUUAACUGUAGCAAGAGGAAUUUGAAGAUUUUCAGCAAUUUUUCGCUGGCUGAGACCAGCCACAGAUUGUCCAACAAUACAACCUGACAGUUGUGCUGAAUUUUUUGUGCAUGGCAUGGUUACUCUUCGUAAAUGUUUAAUAUAAUGGCACCUGGAAUGAAAAAGAAUAAUUACAUUGUAAAUUCUACACUGCUGAAAACAUUAAGACGCUUAGAUCAGAAAUUUUGAAAAUUAAAGGUGUCUAUUUACUUCCAGCAUGUCUGUGUAUAUAUAUUAUAUAUACUCUUUUACUUGUUUCAGUCAUUUGACUGCAGCCAUGCUGGAGCACCACCUAGUCGACCAAAUCAAAUCUGGGACUUAUUCUUUGUGAACCUAAUACUUAUUCUAUUGGUCUCUUUUGCUGAACCGCUAAGUGACGGGAACAUAAACACACCACCAUCGGUUGUCAAGCAAUGCUAGGGGGACAAACACAGACAGACAAACAUACACACGCACACAUAUAUAUACAUAUAUACGACAUGCUUCUUUCAGUUUCCGUCUACCAAAUCCACUCACAAGGCUUUAGUCAGCUCGAGGCUAUAGUAGAAGACACUUGCCCCCAAGAUGCCAUGCAGUUGGACCAUGUGGUUGGUAAGCAAGCUACUUACCACACAGCCACUCCUGCACCUAUAUAUAUAUAUAUAUAUAUAUAUAUAUAUAUAUAUAUAUGUAUAUAUGUACACACACACACAAACACAUGUACAUUCUGUUGUAUCAGUAUGGUCAAGAAAUUUGCCUCCAUGUGGUUUCAGGUUCAGUCCCACUGUGCGAUAGCUUGGACAUCUUCUACCAUAGACCCGAUUUGAUCAAUAGCUUGUGAUUGAAUAGAUUAAAUAUUGUACAAAGGUCAUCAUUUUAUAUAUAUAUAUAUAUAUAUAUAUAUACUUUUUUACUUGUUUCAAUCAUUUGACUGUGGCCAUGCUGGAGUACCACCUUUAUUCAAACAAAUGGACCCCAGGAUUUAUUCUUUGUAAGCCAAGUACUUAUUCUGUCAGUCUCUUUUGCUGAACUGCUAGGUUACAGGAACUUACACACACCAACAUCAGUUGUCAAGCAAAUGGUGGUGGGAACAAACACAGACACACAAAUGUAUAUAUAUAUAUAUAUAUAUGUGUGUGUGUGUUUGAUGAGCUUCUUUCAGUUUCUGUCUACCAAAUCAACUCACAAGGUUUUGGUUGGCCCAAGGCUAUAGUAGGUGAUGCUUUCCCAAGGUACCACACAGUGGGUCUGAACCUGGAACUAUGUGGUUGUGAAGCAAACUUCUUACCACACAGCCAUGCCUGCCCCUAUGUGUGUGUAUAUAUAUAUAUAUAUAUAUAUAUAUAUAUAUUCUUUUACUUGUUUCAGUCAUUUGACUGCGGCCAUGCUGGAGCACUGCCUUUAGUCAAACAAAUGGACUCCAGGAUUUAUUCUUUGUAAGCCGAGUACUUAUUCUAUCGGCCUCUUUUGCUGAACCACUAAGUUACAAGGAUGUAAACACAUCAACAUCAAUUGUCAAGCUAUAAUGGUGGGGACAAACGCAGACACACAAACAUAUACAUAUAUAUAUAUAUAUAUAUAUACGACGGGUUUCUUUCAGUUUCCGUCUACCAAAUUCACUCACAAGGCUUUGGUUGGCCCAAGGCUAUAGUAAAAGACACUUGCCCAAGGUACCAUGCAGUGGGACUGAACCCAGAACCAUGUGAUUGGUAAGCAAGCUACUUACCACACAGCUACUCCUGCACUUUAUAUAUAUAUAUAAAUAUAUAUAAAGAAACCUCACAGUUAGCAAGUCGAGUUGCUAUGAAUAUGAAUGAAAAUCCAUAUUAAGGGAGCAGAGCAAGUAAAAUCCAGGCUUCUUAUGUUUCCUAGUUCGCAGGUCCUCUGAUGUAAUAAUUCCUCAAAUAGGGGUACUUAUCUAGCUACUCAUCAGGCUAAAGAUUCCUUAAUUAUAUGAAUUACCAUGUUUUAACAUGUAUAAGGAACCUCCUAAUUUUGGGGGCUUAAAAUUUAAAAAAAAAAGGUUUUGUUAGGAAUUAUAAUACUAUCCAUGUAUAAGAAACUCCCAUAUUUUUUUAACCUAAUUUUUGACAAAAAAUGGUUCCUUAUACAUGUUAAAAUACGGUAUAUGAAUUAUAAUUAUUACACCUGAGAAUCUGCUAGUUAGGAAACAUAUGUAACCUGAAUUUUACCUGUUCUACUUGCUCAGUUUGGAUAUGUGUGUGUGUUGUGCGCACCUACUCUUAUUUGAAAAAUAGCUAAGGGUUAGUGGCGAAAAGAGUAUCCAACUGCAAAACCUCAAAUAAUACGUGUUUAUCUAACCCAUACUAACAUUGAAAAAAUGGUGAAUGUUCAUUGCAAUCUUGUUCAAAAUGUUUUGAAUAUUAAUGCAAGGUUUGAAACAAGAUUGAUUCUGGAAACUAGAGAUGAUAUAACAUAUUCUAUUUCUUGAAGAAGUGAGUGCUGCAUGUGUAAGCCCUGUUCAUACAACCAAACACACAUUUGGUUGUUUGAAAAAGGGCUUACACAUGCAUCCAACCAUAGAAAAUCUGCCUCAGAGAAUUCUGUUUCACCCAUGAAAGCAUGAAAAAGUGGAUGUUGAAAUGAUGACGAUGAUGAUGAUAUAUAUUUAUAAGAUAGAAAGAGAGAGAGAGAGCAGAGCAAAAGAGAUAUUUAGAUGUAGUUGUACCAGUAUCCUUAGCCAUAUGACUAAGGUGUCUGCAAAUCAAAAGUAAAUACUCAGUGCUUUUGAAGGCUAAAAUAUCACACACACACACACACACACACACACACACACACACACACACAUGCUUCUGUGAUUAGCUCCUUCACUUUUUGUGAGGGGAGAGGUAUGUGGGUAGUCCUUCUUUCCUUUUUUACUCUGUAUUAUUAUGGACAAGUAAGUAAUUAACUUUCAUGUAUUUAAUAAUCUCUCUCUUUCGACUUGACAUUUUGUGUAUCAUUAAUACAGACUGUAUGACAAUCAUGUUAAUCAGUUAUAUCAUAUUUAAACUGUUCAAGAGAUGGAAGACAUUGCUAAAAAUUAUAAUGGUUUUCAGUUCAAAUCAGGAAAGAGAGACAGAAAGAAAGCAGGUAGAUAAGAAAUAAAGGUGAAAUAUAUUCUGGUGGA